GAAGGAGCGUGUGGCAACCCAGUGUCUAACAUGGCUGUGUGAAGGGAAGGAGGAUGCUCGCCCAUAUACUGGUGAUUUGCCCUCUCACGGAAGGCUAAUAAUGUCGAGACUAGCGGAUUAUUUCGCCAUCGUUGGAUACGACCACGCGAAUGACCGUAAUGGAAUCAGCUGCGGCAAAAUUAUCCAGCGGUUUCCUGAACGAGAUUGGCCAGACACACCUUUCACUGAGGGGCUUGAGCUGUUCUGUCAGCCACAAGGUUGGGCACUAUCAACAGACCGCCAAGAGCCAAAGUUUUUUGUCUCAGUGCUGACAGACAUAGAUGCCAAUCGCCACUAUUGUGCGGUGCUGUGCUUUAAUGAGGCUGUGUCUAUCACUCCCAGUAAACCCACAGAUGAGGAGGACGAUGGGCUGGAGCUCAGCAGUAGUGGGGUGCGGGGUGUGGUGCCGCAGGUGCCUAUCAUCACCCACCACUCCAUCAUGUAUGCCCCCAAGUGCCUCGUCCUCAUCUCUCACCUCAACUACUUCGAAACAUUUAGGAACUGUAUGGGCAUUGUGUACACAGUGUACAUGGAGGGACUUGGGGUGAGCAUGGAAACCCUCAUUGGGAACAUGGUGGGCUACGUGCAGGUGCCCCCGCCGGGAGGACUCCAGGUUCGAUUCAGUAUUGGUGCUGGAGACAGACAGGCCCUGCAGCCCCCAGCCUCCCCCACCCUCCCUGUCACCAGCACCACCGUUCUGAGCCUCUUCAAUCAGCUGGGCAUCAAGAACGUGUUGGUGAUAUUCUGUGCUGCCUUAACCGAGCACAAGAUUCUGCUUCACAGUCAGUCUUACUGUCGACUGACUGAGUCUUGUCAUGCACUUGAAGCACUCCUCUACCCUUUUAAGUACUCUCAUGUUUACAUUCCAAUCCUUCCUGCCUCUCUGGUUGAGGUUCUUUCUACUCCUACUCCCUUCAUCAUGGGGGUUCAUUCUGCACACCAACAUGAAAUUGCUGAACUAAUGGAUGUCAUUGUGGCUGACCUGGAUGGGGGUGCAAUCCGUGUGCCUGAAAGCCUCACACUGUCCUUGCUGCCUGAGCCGUUCUGGUCACAGACACAUGCUGCACUCUCAAAGGUGCUGCAUCCUGAUCUCAGCCUUGCAGAUAAUGCAUUCCCAUCAAGCGCUGGCAUCCGGGCCACCCCACACGUCAUGGUAGACAAGGAGAUCAGGGCAGUGUUCAUGAGGAUGUUUGCCGAGCUGCUGCAAGGGUAUCGUUCCUGCCUCACCCUCAUCAGGAUACACUCCAAGCCAGUAAUCACUUUUCACAAGGCAUCAUUCCUGGGCAACAGGGGAAUGGUGGACAAUGAGUAUGUAGGAAAAGUGCUCGACUGCAUGUUCUUCACCACCUUUGUGACGGAGCGUGGGCCUCCCUGGCGGGUGUGUGACCUGUGGGAUGAUCUGUAUGCAGGCAUCGGAGAUCAGCUACGGCAGGAGCAGCACGAUAGUAGAAAAUUGCUCGAAAACAUUCAGGAACUUGCUCAACAGUUGUACAACAAUGAAAACCCAAACCCACAGCCGUUUGUCCCCAAGAUACCCAAACCAACAGAGGGAUCAUUCACUCGCAUCCACCAGCCAGUCUUCCCUCACAUUGAUGUUCUGCAGGUCCAGAAUAUCAUUGAUGAAGGCACAUCUAAGAAAAUGAAGCUUCCCCAGAAGGCAGGCCAGCCCAGAAUAGUGCCCAUGGGCCCCCACAUUUCUAGUUUGCAGUCAGGCAGAGGAGUAGUAUCCAGCUCUGCAAGAAGGCUAGAAGUAAUGAGGAACUGUGUAAACUGUAUAUUUGAGAACAAGAUAAGUGAUGCAAGAAAGACAUUUCCUGCGGUGUUACGGGCACUGAAGAGCAAAGCAGCACGGCUUGCCCUGUGUACUGAGUUGAGUCAUCACGUGCAGGGUAACAGGGCAGUGCUAGAACACCAACAGUUUGAUCUUGUGGUGCGGCUCAUGAACUGUGCGCUACAGGAUGACUCUCCCUUAGAUGAGUACGGUGUUGCAGCAGCUUUGCUCCCUCUCUCCUCAGCCUUUUGUCGGAAACUUUGCACUGGAGUCAUACAGUUUGCUUACACCUGCAUACAGGAUCACACUGUUUGGGGCAAUCAGCAAUUCUGGGAAGCAUCUUUCUACCAGGAUGUACAGAGAGAGAUCAAGAGCUUAUAUCAAGAACGUACCCAGCAGACAAGUAGAACCUCAAUCACCUCAGACACUUCUGCCAUGAAGGACCCCACUCUCAGCCCCAACAACCCCAAAGAUAUCUCAGAUGCAAACCUAUGGAAAGACGGGAGAUUACCGUACCUUCGGGCGCAUGAACCGUCGGCUCUGGAGAUUGCAGCGGAGCAGAUGAGAUUGUGGCCCAAUAUAGACCCCAAAAAGCAGCGAGAACUGGUGGAACAGGAGGAGUCAACGCUGUACUCACAGGCCAUUCACUACGCUAACAGGAUGGUGUACCUCAGGAUACCUUUAGACAUCAACGCAGCCGUGCAUCGACGAACAUACAAUGAACGAGAUAAUGCCAGCAACAGUAUAACAAACAGCAUGGCAGAGAGUGAUAGUCUUGAUGCCGAGUCAGGCUUUGAAGACCAAGAGCAGAGUGACAGGGAGACAAGUGUGGUGCGCUUUGUGUCCAGGUUUGUGGACAAGGUCUGCACAGAGGGCAAUGUUACAGAGGAGCACAUCAAGUCCCUCCACCAGAUGAUACCUGGGGUGGUGGCCAUGCAUGUGGAGACACUGGAUGCUGUGUAUAAGGAGUCCAAAAGGCUGCCACCAAUUCAGAAGUCAUCAAUAUUCAUCAGACGUGAUGCAUAUAGGCAGACUAUAGAUGGCACAUAUGAGCCUGACCCCAGGUACACAGAGAUUGUGUAUGGCCAGCCCAAGAUUCUGCUGCCCUCACUGGUGCCGGGAGAGGAGGUGGUGUACGAAGGCCUGAGGGUGUACCUGCUGCCUGAUGGUCGGGAGGAGUCCACUGGAGGACACGUGGGAGGCCCCAUCCUGUUGCCUGCAGAGGGUGCACUCUUCCUCACCAAUUACAGGCUUAUCUUCAAGGGUCUUCCCAUUGACCCAUAUGCCUGUGAGCAGGUUGUGGUUCGGUCAAUGCCUGUGUCAUCCAUCACCCGGGAGAAGCGUGUCCCAGCCAACCAGCAUCCGGGACCCAUGGACCAGUGGCUCAAUGAGGGACUCCAGAUCAGGUCCAACACCUUCCAGCUCAUCAAAGUGGCCUUUGACGAAGAAGUUCCACAGGAAAGCAUAGAAGCAAUGAGGAAAUUGAUCAACCGCCUGCGACACCCACCAACCAUCCUGCAUUUGUUUGCCUUUGUGGGCCACAGUCAUGUUCCCCAGACACCCAGCAGGCAACAGAAGGACAAACCUGGUUAUGGUACUCUCCGUGGUUUUGCGAAGAAGACUUUGAUGAAAACAGCCAAGGCAGCCGGCCUGAAGCCAAGCAAAGCUGGAAAGAGGCACAAAUACGUCUUUCCCAGCAACAACAAGUCAAUGACCUCGCCUGGCCGCAUGAGUCUUGCCCAGGUGGCUAACAUGGACCUCAGUAAUGAAGACUUGCCCCUCGACGAUGACCUCUCCAGCUCAAGUGCACGGUAUGGCUUCCUAGGUACCAGUAACAAAGGCCAGUGUAAGCUGCUGCGCAUUACAUCGCCUGUGAGUCGCAGCUCAGAGGAAUUGGACUGUGGAGGUAGACUGUCCCCCAUUGUCGAUGAGCUUGAGGCGUCAGGGCUGAGCAACGGGUCCACUGGGCAGCUGUCGGUGGCAGGGUUGGUGGGGGUGCGGGAGGUAGACAACAAGACUUUAGAGAAAUUGUCUGAGCGAAGCUACCACAAGGACUACAUGCGGCUGAGCCUCGGCAGUCUGGGCACCUCCACCGCCACCGUAACUCCAAGGAACAAGUCUGAGUUCAGGAUCACUUCUUGCAACAUAAACUAUCAACUCUGUCGAAGCUACCCAGCCCUGCUGUCUGUACCCUCUCCCACCGGGGAUGAAAGCCUCCACCGCCUAGCGCGCUGUUACCGCCACAACCGGCUGCCAGUCAUCACCUGGCGGCACCCACGCACCAAAGCUCUCCUGCUUCGAGGUGCUGGCUUCCACACCAUGAGCGUCAUGAGUAUGUUGAAAGGACCCUCCACAACUACUGGAAACACCAGUGAAGUGUCCUAUUCAGUGGAGCAAGAAAAGUACUUAUCUGCAGUUGUCCAGUCCACACCUCUAUCUGUCCUGCGUGACGGGUCUUCCUGGCGACUCACCGACUCCUCUCUGUCUAUCAACUCACUGGUGCUGGCUGCAGGGGGAGCCACUCUGGAGGUCCCGCCUUACCACCCCUCCUACCCUACACUCACUCCUGAAGUUGGCAGGAAAACAAAUCCCCUUUCAAAGGCCAUGAACACCUUACGGACAAGCGGGGGCAAGGGCACUGGCAGGAUGGGGCGCUGGGGCUCCAUGCGGGGUUCCAGGCCUGGUGCUCUAUCCGGGGGUGGUGCUGGAGGGACCCUUGGGACCCUCCGCCACUACCCCACAUCCACCCCUGCCCUUCGUUCCAGUAUCAGCACGGGGCCAAGACUCUCUGUGGACUCCUCCGACACAGGCUCAGAAGCUGUUCAGUCAUUCCACAAGGCUGCACUCUAUGUAUUUGGUGAAAAGACACAAAUAAAGGGCAUCAAAGCCGAUGCAUAUCACAAGACAGAAUUCAUCCCUGUGGAGUACACUGAAGUGCGACAGAUAAAAUCAUCCUUCAAAAAGUUGAUGAGAGCCUGCAUACCUUCCACACCUGCUGCUGAGCAAGAGCAGACCUUCUUCAGAGCUAUUGAGAGCAGUGAAUGGUUGAACCAGAUUGAAUCUUUACUGCAAGUGGCUGGAGCAGUAGUGGACCUCAUUGACCUGUUAGGUGCCUCUGUCAUGGUGCUGCUGGAGGAUGGCUGGGACUUCACUGCUCAGGUAACCAGUAUAGCCCAGCUGUGCCUAGACCCAUACUACCGCACUAUUGAAGGCUUCCGUGUGUUGGUGGAGAAGGAAUGGCUUGCCUUUGGCCACAGAUUCAAUCACCGUUCAAAUUUGCUACAAGGAUCUCAAACAAGUGGAUUUGCUCCAAUUUUCUUGCAAUUUCUGGAUACUGUGCAUCAGAUCCAACGCCAGUUUCCAUUGUCCUUUGAGUUCAAUGAGUACUACCUCCGUUUCCUGGCCUACCACUAUGUGUCUGCUCGGUUUCGAACCUUCCUGAGUGACUCUGAGUUGGAGAGGGCAGAGCUGGGCAUCAUGACAGAGGAAGACAAGAGAGGCUCACUUUCCCGCCACCACAAGGGCCUUGAAUCAUCACAGGACGAUGACAUUUACCCUGGAGGAGGUCGCAUAGGGUCACCAGGAUCCUCAGGUCACCUGGGACAAUCUGUUUUUGAUUAUAUAGAGAAGCUCAGCGGACGAUCUUCAGUCUUUCAUAAUUUCCUUUACAUGGGCGAUAGAAUCAGCGAUUCAACGGUGCUACGGCCUGUGAAAGAGGUAAGUGCCCUGCAGUUAUGGAGCUACCUGCUGGGGGAGGAGCUGCGACAUGGACCCUCCUAUGACCCAGAGGUGCGGAGCCUCGACCGCCAGCAAGAGGAGGAAGCAGAGGCCGCUGAUGGCACCACCAACACCUCUCAGCGUAGAAUUGUCUUAAGUGGGUAUGACUGUGUGUGGGGCGUGCAGCCGGAUGCCUUCUCUGCACAGCUUGAGGAACUGCGCCACCUUGAGCUGGAGCUGGGCCAUCUCCCGCAGAAAUGGAAUGUGCAUUGGGACAAGCUGGAGCUGCCACCUCCUGAGCAACUCACUCGGCAAGUGUCCAUGACCACCCAGAUGGUACGGCAUCACGGGCGCAGUGUUCACAAGCGCAGCACAAUUGAAAUCUUGAUUCGAGGAAAGACCAGUGGGAGUGGAGGGGGUGGAGGUGGAGACACACCUCAGGGCUGCUACUCUCACCCUCACCGCUUUGAAAAGUACAACUACACCACACCCUCCUACUGCGACCACUGCACAUCUCUUCUCUGGGGGCCUCUCAAGACUGGAAUGAGAUGCAUGGACUGUGGAUACAACUGCCAUGAGAAGUGUAUCGAAUCUGUGCCCAAGAAUUGCACAAGGUUCAAGAGUGUUCGUGAGUCUGGAGUCAGCAUACAAACAAGCACAAAGCCAACCAGUCUUGACACAACAUCAGUGGGAUCAGGUGUCACUUCCCUGCAGACGACAUCCCACCAGUACUAUGAGCAGUUCUCCUCUAAUGUGGCUGAAAAUCGCACACAUGAGGGCUCCCUUUGGAAGCGUGGCUCUCUUCUCAAGAACUGGAAGCAGAGAUGGUUUGUCCUGGAUAGUGUGAAGCAUCAACUGAGGUAUUAUGACAGUGUGGGCAUGGAAGACUCUCACUUCAAAGGCAUCAUUGAACUGUCUGAUGUGGUGGCUGUUGUGCCCUCCACCCCUACGCAGGGUGCCCCCAAGAAGGUGGAUGAGAGGGCUUUCUUUGAUCUCCAGACAAAGCGACGACUGUACAACUUCUGCGCAUCAGAUGGACAGGCAGCCAAAGAGUGGAUUGAAAACAUUCAGUCAUGUCUGCAGUGAAGAGGUGAAGCCUCACCUGUAAGAUCCCAUUUUCUAGCUUUGUGGAAGAUCAGUUUCUCUCUCUUGUCUAUUUUAUUUACCAAUGAUUAUCAAGUGCAAGAUAUCUAAAUCGGGUUCCUCAUCAUUAUUAUGAUUGUGUUUUCUUCAGUCUGUUCAUGUAAUUGUCAUCAAAGUACACCACAUUAUUCACAGUAGAAGCAAUAAUGAUCAUUUUAGUUAAAUGCUCCAAAAGUUAGAUUUGUCAAUGUUUUUGUUUGUAAAUACUGAGUGUCUUGUUUAUUACCAAUGUGUGUGUGUGUGUGUGUGUGUGUGUGUGCAAGCGUGCAUGCAUGUGCUUGUAGGUGUGUGUGUGUGUGUGUGUGUGUGUGUGUGUGUUGGUUACAUAUAUGGAACUUUUGUUAAGCAUGAAGUAUAGGGGACCAAACAUUUACCAAACACUGAUCUACAAAAAAACUUUUCCAUAUUCUGUGUUUAUUUCAGUUGCAUAUAAAGAAAAAUUAGGAAAUGGAUAUAGCAGUGAUUUUUUUUCCUUUCUUUUUCUUUUCAAGGCUGCAGGAGGGUUUAUGUAGCUCUUAGGGAGGCCUCCUUAGAGUCCAUUUGAAGCUGGAUAUGAAAGCUGAAGAAAAUUCUUUAAUGAUGUGUUCGUUGAAUGAUCCUACAUUGUUUAUGUGUGUGAGUGUCUUGUUCAUUUUUCCACUGGAAAUUUGCAUUAAGCUUCUCUACUUUAAGCAGUGUAAAAGCUACUGGUAAAGGCUAGAAGUGGAGGUAGUGAUGUAUUUUGUAUGUAAUCUUAAUUGAUUCACAUGAAUUUGCAAUCAACCAGCAGUGAACCUUUCAAUUAUUUGGCAGUAACUGAUGGUCUUUAUAUGAAUGUUGAUAUUUUUUCAUAUUAUGCACUAAAAGGUUUCAUUCAUAGCACUUUGCUUAAGACUUUGGAAACCAAGGAAUUUAUAAAUUUAUGAAGUGAAAAUUGUUUUGUGUGCACUUUUUUUUUUUUUUUUUUUUUUUUUUUUUCCAUCAAAAGUGACAGUGUGACCUAUGCCUCAAUCACCCUCAAGCUCUCUGGAGUUCCCAUUACUAAACUUUUUCCAUCAAAUGACCACUCGCAAGUCAUUCAUGUAAAAUGUACAGUAUUUUCAUUUUGCACCACAAAGCAUUUUGAAGGUGUCAGUAAUGAGGCUUAUGUCACUAUUUUAAGCAACAUCUCAAAGCUACCAAAUAAGAUUUUGUUAACAAUCAGGCUAGUCAACUUGUUAAAACUAAUAAGUUUUGUAAGAGUACUAUGAAAUGUAUUUCCACCCAAGGUAGACAUUUUUUGAUAAGUAUGUGCUGAUCACCAUGACCGUACUCUUUUCAAAUUACUUCAGAUUGAUCUCCUCUCACAUUCUCCCCUUGUAGAGUAAUUGCAGGUAUCCAAGUGAAGGAGAGCGCCUCUUUGUGUUCGAUUCAUAUAGUCAUGGAAGGGAUGCACCCAAGACAGCAGCUGUCAUUGCAUGUGGCUCUAAGACCACCUAAGGUUUGCACAUAAACCGUGGUGGUAUAAUGUCCUAUGAAAAAAAAAUCCUUUAGUCAUAUCUCUUGUACUUAGUUUUGGUUUCCUAAUGUUUUUCAUCUAGAUGCAUGGUUGUCAUACUAUUUGCGCAUUUUUAUGUUCAUAUUCGUAUGUGUAUGUUUUUAUAUAUUGUACAAGUUUUGGGUUAUAUAUUUUGUAGUAGUGCAAAGCACAUGAACAUUAUGAGUAACAUCUUGUACAGGUUUCUUCAUUGUUAUUGGCUUUCUUACAUUUCCAUUUAAUAUUUCUAUCAAAGUACAGUAUUUUCCCAGGUAUAACUUUAGAGGUGGGAUGAUAAAGAUCUAUGGUGUUAAAAACUGUCUCAUUGUAAAUAUGUGUGUGAGUCACAUGGUUACUCUAUAAAUGUUGUUAACUACUUGCUUAUCAUAGGUGUUUGUGGUUUAUUUUCUAGAGAUGAUUUACCUGUGCAUCAUUGUCAGCAUACAUUUCUUGCUGUUCUCACCAUUGCUGUGUACAAACCAAUUUUAAUGGACCAGGAGAGCAUAACAGUGUGUUUGAGAAGCAGUGUUAUUAAGAGCUAAUCUGACUAUCCACAGAAUGAGUGAAGUUUCCCAGCUACUCACAUUGGGUGUUUCCUCACUGUUGCAGCAGUUAACCUAGCUGAGGAGGUUUAGUUUCAGUAAUGCUGUACCUUGUAGUGAUUGUUAUUGUCACUACCAGCAAAAGCUUCUCAUUGGAUAUUAGGAGUUUAGGAAGGACAUCGUGAAUUAGAUGAGAGUUGUAUCUGGCCACAAGGUGAGCAUCACAGGGAUAAUCUCAUUUCUAAUGUACAUUACCAAAUUUUGAUAAUCUAAACUUGCUGACUAUAUAAAACUAGUUAUUUUGAAUACUCGUAAGAUCUAGUGAUGUGAAAGACAUGGACUAAUUCGAAUUCUGAGGUCAGAGACUCAUAGAGUUUCUUAAUGCUAGUCAUGGUAUGAUAGAUUUUCCCCUUAUUUUGCUAUUUUUUACUCCCAAACUUUUGUAGUCUUGUAAUUAUAUUAUUGGGUAUGAGUACCAUUUUUUUUAUUGUAUUCUAUUAGUGCCACUUGAAGCUCAGUUAUGUUGGUACCCAAGCAGCGGCUGCACUCAUCAUCCUAUCCUUCUGAGCAGCAACCUGACCUUUAAUCAGUUCAUUUUUCACUCUUGACCUGUUUGUCUUUUCCUUGAUGCAUAAGAAACACAUUUUUCUAAGUUUUAUAGAUAACCAAUGCAUUGAAUAGCACAAUUGCUUUUCUUAUUUGUUAUGAAUGCACUAAGGGUGAAAGCAGAACUGUAUUUUAGGUUAAGGCCGUUUCCGUGAGUGUGGUUGCUUAGUUCACCAAGUGUUCUUUUUUCUGUCAGAAUAAAGUCUGACAUUGCCCAUGGAAAUCAUACAUUUAUGUUAUAUCCAUGUGUCAUCUUAUAUGUUAAAUUUAUGUUGUAAUUUUUUUACUUGAUUUAUAUUUUUUAUACUUUUGAGUAUUGCUCUCUAGGGAAGUAAAAAGUUAACCCAUGUAGUUUAACCUCUUUUAGUGCUGGUUGUCUGUGCUGCUGCUGUUCAUGUUUAUGAUGAAAGAUAGUCUUAUAAUUAUUUCCAGAUGAAAAGUCACUUCCUUAGUUCAUAGUUGUGGCUGAUCAGAAAACCAAUAAAUACUCCAUAUUGCCCUAAUGGCACAAAGACCAGGGAAAAGAGGGAUGGAAAGUAGGGCUUCCUUGUGCACGACUCACUGAAAAGGAAACUUGUUGAUAGGGUUAGACGGGCAACUGCCAUUACUCAUAAACUUGGAAUGCCUCAAUGUGAAGAUUUUGAUACUGAUGUCUUAAUUUGAUAAUCAAGUGUGUAUGAUUGAAAACUGUAUAUAUUAGGAACAUAAAAUUCAAAUUUAUUUAUUCAGUUUUGGCUUUGUUUUAGGAACUUAAUAUGGCUGGUUUCAAACAGCUUUUUAUUUGCAAGGAGCUACAUUGUGAUAAAAAAAUAUGCUUAUGUGAAAUUCUUUCUUAUUGGUCAUGUUUUAUCAAAUGAUCGAAAUACUCAUUUUCCUUACACAUAAAAGGCAUUAUUAGCACUCGGUUGUGUAAUUUCAUUCUGUCAGGAAAAGUUUGGAUCUCCACUGCCAGUCCCAGGACCUACUAGUCAGUGGUGGUGUAUUGGUGGUGGGUGUCCAGGCACUUAGGCUGAGUUGCUGUGGGUUUGGCUCCAGUGUGGCUCUUAGGCACCAAGAUCCUGAUGUGGGAAGGCCAUACUACACUCACCUUUACAUGUAAUCUGCACCUGACCUGAAGCCAUGAAACAAAGGCAAGUGAUAGUGAAUAUUGGGUGCAGGAAGUCAAACAUGACUCCUUGCAGCAAUACAGAUGCUUAAGUUUUAUACCAAAUUGUGGUGAACAAGAGUAUUAUUACCUAAUGCAGUGUUUUAUGAGGGAUAUAAUAGAUUUUAGAGCUCAUUUGUCAAAAUUCAUUAGCUAGCAGUAUCCAAAGUGACCUUGUGCAAAAGGAAAAGUCAUGGAUAAUAUUUCUUUGCUAUUUUCCUCUUAAUGUAUGCCCAUGUACAGUCCUAUUCAUUUACUUUUUUUAUUUCAAAGCCCACCCUCCCUUCUUUCUGCUUGGAUGUAUACUGUGUGUGUGUGUGUGUGUGUGUGUGUGCGCGCGCACACACACACACAUGCAUGUGUGCAUGUGUGCAUACGUUCAUGAGAGAGAGAGAGAGAGAAGAGAAUCAAGUAUUUUCCUCCCAAAUCUACUGUGUUCUGGUCCUGUUUGGUACUGAGAGACAAACUUGAUCAAAAUUUGCUUUAUAAUAUAUUUCUGUAAGUUGGCACGUGAAAAGUUUUCCAUGUAGCUUAUUUAUUUCUUAAAACUUUAUUUUUUAUUUUUUUAUUUUUUUUCAGGAAGAAAAUAUUCAGACAGCAGCUUGGGGGACAUUAAUUUUACAUUUUUGCAAAUUGGUCACAAUGGGUAGUGUUGGCAAGUGUGUGUGUGUGUGUGUGUGUGUGUGUGUGUGUUUCUCAGUGGUGUAAAUACGAUGUUGAUGUAUAUGCAUUUAUAUUGUUAAAAAAUACAGUGAAUAUAAUAGU